CUGGAACUAUUUUUCACUGCGACAAAAACAUCUACAUUCAUCCCUUCUACCAUGAGGCGUAGUAAUACAUGCUCAGAAAAAUGGCGGGAAAGUUUGGAAAAAUUGUCAUUAAAUUUGUCGACGUGGCGCAACAUCUAAGAAAUAUAUCGAUUGAGAUCUAUUUCUAGUGAGAUAAAUUCACAAUUCUAUAAAAGCGGAGAGUAUAAAACAACUCCGAUGAAUCAUUGACGAAGAAAAUAAAAAAUACGAACGAAUGAGUCAAAGAAGAUGGCGGACCAAUUAAGAGUACCGCGUUGAUACAUUUUAUUCUUUAUUUCUAGCAAAGGGUAGUAUUUUAGAAAUACAAAUUCAUGGAUCCACGUGAAAUCUUUAAUUCCUGCCUAAAUAACGAUCGAAUGAUAAUAAAAUACAUUAUAAUAUUCUAAUAGCAAAUAUCGUUUAAUACGACCGGAAUCCAUAAAUAAAACAAUUGGUUAUAUACAUAUGUUUUUCAAAUCGACGAAUGCUAUUAUAUAUUUUGUAUUGAGCACUCGUUUCGGGAGAGACGCCGACGCCCGGCGCCGACGUCGUUUUUAAAGCGUCAACGUUGUGCUGGAGUAAUCUCACCCAAUCCGGGAGACUCAUAAGUAAAAAAAAUCGUUAGAAUAAUCAACCCUCUCAGACACGCUGGCACGUCGUAAAGAUGCAUUGCUGAAAGUUUUAUAUCGGACGUUUCCAACGUUUUUCCAUCACGGUGCUAAGAUAACGAAAGGGAGGGAAAAUAAGCAAUAAGCAAUGAAUUUAACAUUGUGAAACGGGGCCGCGUGAAUCAUUUAACAUAAAUCAUUUUUAAAUCGUGCUUGUACAUAUAAAUUAGUGAGAAAAAAAAUAUUUCCUUAGCGUGGUGAUAUCUCGUCAUAUUUUUUUUUCUUUCUUUUUGAAAUGGGUACGGCGAGUCGCGAUUUCGAGCGCGAUCGGGAGGACGAGAUCCACUGCCGAAUUUGUGCUAGUGACAUACCAAGAAACGACGGGGUCCACAUUUUCGCUGAGGAUGGUAGACGGCACUACCUGCAGACCAAAAUACGAAAAUAUCUCUACAUCUUGGUGUCCUCUGAAGAUAAAUUAUCAAAAAUGGUAUGUGUUACGUGCAUUAAAAGAUUAGAAAGUAUUCAUCGCUUUGCUAUGAUGGCAUAUAGAACGCAGGAAAAGUUAAAAUCUCAGUUAUAUAGUAAUAGUGAUGAUACAAAUAUACAGGAUGUAGAAAGAGAAAGUGUUAAAGAUGUGCAAAACACAAGGAGGAUAGAAGACCGGGGAUUAUUACAUACAAUAUUAACAAAAGGGGCAAUAGAAAUUUUGGCUGAAGGCGAACCACUGGGACCAUCAGAAUUAAUGUCACAAGAAGAUAAAUGUCAUACUCCAAGUAUGGAAGAAAUGGAAGUCAAGGUAGACCCAAUGUUAUUUUUACAGUAUGGUAUGGAGAAUUCAGCAUCAGAAACUUCAGAAGCAUCUGAUACAGAAGAAAUAAUAACAAAAACAAACUCCCCAGAACCAUUACCAUUAACAAAUAAAAUUGAUGAAAUAAAAAAGGAAACAAAAGAGGAGAGCAAUGAUAAAUUACAAGAAGAUACUGAAGAACUUAUUUCUAAUGUAUCAACUAAACCUCAUGAAUGUACAAUAUGUGCUCGAUCCUUUAUAUCUCAAAUUGGUUUACAAAAUCAUUUAUGGUCUCAUUUGCCUAAAGAUAAACGACUUGAUGGGAAGCCUAUUUUAAGAUCCCAACAAGUUUAUUCUACUAAUGGUGUACUUCAUAUGAAUACUGAUAAUAAUUCAUCAAGCAAUUUUAUCUGUCCAAUUUGUAGUAAAAAAAUUUCUACUAAAGGAAAUCUAAAAGUACAUUUGGAAACUCAUCGGCCUAAGGGAAAAUAUGGUUGUGACAUAUGUGGUAGAAUCUUUAAAACACAGUCAAAUUUAUUCAGACACAAGGAGUACCAUGGUGGUAUACAAUUUCCAUGCAAUGUAUGUGGGAGAGUUUAUCCAACAAAUUCUACAUUACGAGCUCAUAGUAUAACGCACUCGGAUUUGAGGCCGCACGCAUGUCCUCUUUGUGAUAAAACUUUUAAAAGAAAUCAAGAUUUAAAGUUUCACAUAAAUCAACAUACAGGUGCAAGGCCUUAUCAAUGUCCAUAUUGUCCGAAAGCUUUCGCGAGUUCUGGAAAUUGUUUCUCACAUCGUAAAAGAAUGCAUCCUCGAGAAGUACAUCGAGAUAGACAAAGAGCAGCAGAUUUAAUGAGAUGAACCAUGGGUAGCCAAUACGAAGAAUGGUUUUAGAAAAAUAAAAUACUUUACGAUAUUAUCGUAUCCAUGUGUAUUAGCUAUUGUAAUGAGAAACAUGAGCUUUAAUUUUGAAUAUUAAUGGUGCUAAAACGCAAGGAGCAACGGAACUUUUGUAUACUUUAAUUGAGUCGUUUGAACAUAGUGUUAGGUACUUAUUGUUAUUGACAAGCACUUAGUUGUUUGUUCUUAUGGCGUAACUAGGUCUUCUUUACAUAUUAUAAAAUAGAAACAAAUAUAUAUUUUUCUUAAUUUUUUAACUUAUUGAUGUUAUCAAACUUGAUAUACUUCCAUUGUUGUUGAUGAAUUUAGUGAUUAUUAUUUAUUGACUCAUAUAUAGUACAAGUGAUAAUAACGAUAGGUUUUAAACUUUCUAGUUAAAAUAAGAAAUUCGUAUUUUUUACCGUUUAUCAAUAUUUAACUUGUAUACAUUUUCUUCUGCAUAUUUAAGGGUAGAAGUUAUAGACCACCCUUGCUACCAUUUCUUAAAAACGAUUUUAUGACAAUGCGAUCGUUAAAAAAUUAUACGUAAAAUAAAGUUUUAUUUUACAUGCCCAUCGUUAACGACGUAAUGCUGAACAUUAUUCAGUCGAAGAACAGUAUUAUUCAAAUAAUUUUCAAUGUAAUACAAAUUAACCCAUCGGUAAUGAGCACAAUGAAGUAUUAAAUUUUAAAAUUAAGAUUAAAGUGUAUCUCUCAUAAUUUGCGUAAAAAAUUGACUAGUAAAGAAAAUUUAGUAAACGUAAGAUAACUGUGAUUUUUUAUAAAUCGGUGGUAUAUUAGAAAAUUCAGUCAUAUCCGAUGGGUUUAAGUAUAUAUGUAUUGGAUAUUGUAGAUAUAAAACAAAAUAAUAAUAGUAACGUGACUAUUUAUUUCCGUACGCUCAAAAUUUGGUCUAAAUUUGACGAAAUAUAAUUUUUUUUAAUAAUUAAAUACGAAUAAGGAAUUUACAAUAUUUUUUGAAACCUUGAACGGGUACUCUGUAUAUUGUAUGUGAUAUUUUUAAGCAACAUGUACUUAGUAUAUUUUCAAGAGACAAAAGGUACAAAAGGUUGGACAUUGAAAUUAUUUGAUAUUUAUUUCACGAUUGUCGUGUCACCGAAGGAACGAUUUUAUUUUAUUUUUACGAAUAACAUAAAUGGAUUUGAAUGGUGAUGAACGUUCUGAAAAAAGGAACGUGUUAUUUUGUCCAUAUAAAAAGAGCUGUUUAACGAUAUUUGAUAAAGUAUUUAUAUUUACGAAAUGAUUAAAAAAUGACCAAAGGCGAAAAAAAGAAAAGAACCGGAAAAGGAAGCAUUUCUUUAGGAAGUAAAAGUAGAAAAUUUUGUAGUUCGAGGCAUAUUUUUAGCACAAUACAUGAACAACAUCAUCAUUAAGUAACGUUAAGACUGUAUACGAAAUUCUGUGUCAAAUUAGAGUAAUUGCGUAAAUGUAAGAGAUUAGUAUACAAUAUCAAUGGCUGUAUGUGACGAAAGAUGAUGAGUCUAGUUUAUUCAAGAUACAGUAUUAAGUAUAAUGAAUAAUGUAGAGGCUGUAGCUACCGUUACAAACGAUCAUAAUGUUAUUCUUUUAAACAGAUAUACGAUUAAAGAAAAGUAAAUGUUAACUAAAGUCUGAGUAGCUUUUAGGAAACUUUAGAUAAGAGUUUUUAGAGAAGAAGUCAUGUAAAUGUAGAGGAUUAUAGCCUCUGCUUCCAUAUGUAUCGUAUACAUCGCACACGUGCUAGAUACUUCAAAAAAAGCGGAUGUUUGAUAAUGGACAGUCACAGAAUAAUGUACGACGAUCACAUAAUUAAGAAGUAGUACUUACAAACGGAAAAAACCGUAUGUAACUGCGUGCUACCAUUGCUAAAUUAGUGUAGUAGGGUGGCCAAGCUUUCGCCAUAAUGAAAAUGAAAUGGACCAAGGAAGAAUGGAAUAGUAUUGUAAUUAACACAUCGAAUUCAAUUUAAAACAAAUUUCAAUGGUCUUUUUCAUCAUGUAUUUAGCUUCGGUUCUAAGAUUAUUUCUUAAAUCAGGUGAUAUUUAAAAGUAUCUAAAAAUAAAUGUUUCGAUAAAAUAUUUUCUCACGUUUUAUAUACAAAAAAUAUUUGAUAACGCGGAAGCUUUGACGAACAGCCACCCUAGCUUAUUUAGAGAUACAAUCGUAUAUUUUGCAAUUACCUUUUUGCAGACGCUUGCCAGUUACGUAGUUAAGUAGACGAAGAUUAUUGGAUAAUUAUAUAUCCGUGAAAAUAAUCAAUUUUUGAUAGAAAGAAAAUGAAGAGAUGAUCUCGUUCUCACGGCUCAAUUUUUACAUCUAGUUUUUGAAGCAGGGAUGAGCAAAUUAUCAUUCUCCCUUCUGAAUUUCGUUUUAACCCUAGUACUGCCAAAUACAUUGCUUUCGGAUUAUGUUAUAGUUGUUGACAAUGUUAAACAUUGUAUUCUUAUGUAUUACGUUAAUUAAUUGUAAAAACAUCUUAUUAUAAAAUUUAAUUAUGUUAUUUAUAAAAAUUAAUAUAAUUUAUAAUAUAAAUUAAUAUAAUAUAAUUAUUAUAAUAUAAUUAUUUUAUUUAUAAAACAUUAAUUAUAAAAAUCUUGUCUUAGUUAUUAGUGCUAUAUUUUUAAAUAGAUUUGCUCAACUCUUGCUAUAAGGAGUCAAAAAUUGAGUAUUUUUUUAAAGUUCACGUAACACAGAAGCGAUUAGCGUUUAAAUUAGCAAUUAAAACAAUAUCUCAGAAGUGCCAGUAAAGCAGUGAACUAACGUAGUGUAUUCCGGCAGACAAAUAUUGGAUAAUUAUAUGUAGAUUCGAGGUAUGAGUUGUCGAUAAUAUCAAUUGUGACACUUAAUAAAAUGAUUGUAUAAAAGGUCA